CGCAUCGUAGUAAACACCGACGAGCUCCCCAACCUUGUUUCCUUUCAACGCGGUACAUCGGGUGGACAGCGACAUCUCUGAAUCAGUAUUUUACACAACAGGUAGUUGUAGACGUCAAAGUAUCAAGCCAAAUACCGGCAUGGAGCCGUCGACGUUGCUGCUGCUCCUGGCCGUCGGUACCGUUGCUGUCGUUGCCCUUGACAAUGGUCUCGCACGCACACCGCCGAUGGGUUGGUUGUCAUGGGAACGUUUUAGAUGCAACACUGACUGUCAACAUGACCCAGAUAACUGUAUCAGUGAGAAUCUCUACAUGAGGAUGGCGGACAUCAUAGCGGCGGAGGGAUACAAAGAAGCGGGUUACCAGUAUGUGUGUAUUGAUGACUGCUGGCUGUCCAAGUCACGUGACAUUAAUGGCCGCCUGCAGCCCGACCCGGAUAGAUUCCCGCACGGCAUGAAGGCGUUGGCGGACUAUAUCCACUCCAAAGGUCUGAAGAUUGGCAUCUAUGAGGACGUGGGGUCAAUGACAUGCGCAAAGUACCCCGGAAGUCAAGGUCACUAUGAGAUGGACGCACAGACAUUUGCCGAGUGGGGUAUUGACCUUCUGAAGUUCGAUGGGUGUAAUAUUAGUCCGGAUGAUUUUAGCGAAGGUUACCGUGACAUGGGGUUUUACCUGAACAAGACGGGGCGGCCCAUCUUGUACUCCUGUGAGUGGGCCCUAGGAGAUAUACUGCACCGUCGUCCGGCUAAUUACACUGCAGUCCUGGAGGUGUGCAAUACCUGUAGGAAUUACGACGAUAUCAACGACCAGUGGGACAGUAUCGCCAGCGUCAUCAACUUCUACGCCAAAGACAUCGGCAACUUCAGCAAGAUAGCCGGACCCGGUGGCUGGAAUGACCCGGAUGAGAUGGUUAUUGGGGACUUCUCACUCAGUCCUGACCAGGAACGAACACAGAUGGCACUGUGGUCGAUGUGGGCGGCGCCACUGCUCGUGUCAGUAGACCUACGCAACAUCCGGCCGGAGUCUAAAAGCCUCCUUCUGAACAAAGGAGUGAUUGCUGUCAGCCAGGACCCGUUAGGGGUCCCUGGAACCGUUCGUAUGAUGGUUGGUCAGAUUUCUGUUUGGACACGACCCAUUUUGCCCAAGGGUAGCACCGCCGCCACGAUGUUCAACUCUGCCGUAGGUGGCGGUCCCAGUAACGUGACAAUCGCCAUGUACCAGCUGGUCGACUCGGGGUCAUCGGUGUACUACCUCGUAACAGAUACCUUCACUGGGGAUAAAGUGGCGAGGCUGAGUCUCUUGCAGGGCCUGACGGUCCGUGUAAAUCCUACAGGAGUUGUCAUGGUGACAAUAACUCCCGCAUGAUGACUGACCAAUAAUAAGGUCUUGGGUGCGUUUUUAAGGAAUCUAUAUCUGGACAUGGGCCCGUUCCACAAAACGAUCUUACUGCUUAGGUGAUCGCAACACCAGUUUUGUAAUACUGACUUACGAUCGUCGUAACGAUGAGAUCGAUUCGUGGAACGGUUCCCUGAAAUGGAAUCGACAUUUCUUUGAGGUUUAAGAAAUAUGAUUGACGGUGUCAAGCGUUUUCUCCUUUUGGAAUGUAAUUUGAGAAAACGCUUGCAACAGUAAGUUAAAACGACACUUGCACGUGCCAAUAUUGAAAUGGUGGUACCGCUUGAGGUGCUAUCUUUAUACAUGUACUUAUAUGUGGUAAAACCGAUUAUUAACGGAACAGGAGACAAAACGAUUUUGAGCUUUGCACUUGGAGAGAUACUUGUACCACACGCCUCAGAACAGUGAGAUAUACACAUGGAAAAGGGUAUCGCAACACCUGUGAUUAUUAACCCCUAUAUAGCCAUUUAUAUGAAGUCCGUUUGUAUGAUAACUUUGAUCCUACAGGGGCACCAAACAUUUUUUAGAUAUGCAGGCGCUUAUAAAAGGUAAACAUCACGUGCAAUACGUGUAUCGUCAUUAAGCAAAUAUCAAGCUUCUGAAAAUUGUUUCUACAGCUCGUUCACCUGGAACAUCAGUUUUAUUUCGUUGGUGACAAGCAAAUAAUAAUCCUCAUCAACUGCCAACUGCACAAAGAUGGCAAAUCAUUGUAUAUAUACCUGUAAGUACCUGUAUGACAUACGAUGUGAGUGAGCGUAUGCAUAGAUCGGUGCAAUUUGUCCAGUUACAGUUUCACUCACGUGUCUUGAUCAUCAAAUGCAAUGUUUCGUGAUCCGUCUGUGGAUACACGCGUAACAUGCAUGUAUGUAUAUCGUUGAAGGCAAGCAAUACGGGUUUUCUUAAAACAGCUUGUGAUACAUACCUUUCAUUAGUGGAGGGGAUUCCGGGUUAUAUAUAGUAAGCCUGGAGCAACGUGCUCGUCGUAUGAUGCGCCUAAUAGAUCAGACGUUGCCUGACUUGUUUAUAACAUCACUGACAGUGAGGUAACAUGACUUCGAUUUCUAACGGGUUUCAUGCGUUAUCCGACAAUUCCACAACAAACUAAUAUUUUUUACAUGGAAUUUAUGUUUUCAUUCAUAUAUGAAGUCCUCUAUAUCUUUUAGGGAUAUUUUAUAAAUGAUAUAUUUUGAUAUAACUUGCUCCAUGCAACUGCAGUCUCCACACUAAAGUACUGUCGGAAAUAGAAAAAAACCUGUAUUUUCUCAUUUAUCUCUACAAUUUAUGUAGUUGAUAUGUGCUAGUGUGAAAUAUCUGUUAAACCAAGUUCGGCCUAAC